UUUCUGUUUAACACUUUUAAUUUUACUUUAUGUGGUUAGCUUAACUUCACUUCACUUCAAUUUGGUUCAAGUCACAUUUGCUUGUCAACCCACACACCCCCAUUUUCGACACAACACACAAUACAAUGGCGGACGAGCAGGAUAAAAGAAAGGCAUGGCAGGACAGAUAUCGUAAUGGGUUUUUCCUAGCACCCAUGGUCCGCAUUGGCUCACUCCCAAUGCGCUUGUUGUGUUUGGAGUACGGCGCCGAUUUAGUAUGGUCGCCCGAAAUUGUAGAUAAGAGCAUUGUUGGCGCAGAGCGUGUAGUCGAUGAAAAAAGUGGUAUCAUCUCGUACAUAAAAAACGACAAGGAUAUAUUUGCCACACUCCCAAGCGAGAAGGACAAGCUGAUUUUCCAGCUUGGUGCUGCCGAGCCCGAGAUGGCGCUCGCCGCGGCCAAGACUGUGGAGCAGGACGUUUCGGGCAUUGAUCUGAACUGCGGCUGUCCCAAAAGCUUCUCUAUACUGGGCGGCAUGGGCGCGGCGUUGAUGGCCGAUCCCGAUCGCCUGUGCGCGAUUCUCGAUAUUUUAGUCAAAAAUCUCAACGUCCCAGUGACAUGCAAAAUCAGAGUUUUUGACGAUGUUGAGAAGACGCUGGAGCUGGUUCGGCGGAUAGCGGCCACCGGAAUCACAGCACUUACUGUCCAUUGCCGCACAAGGGCCAUGCGUCCAUCUGAGAAGGCAGUGUGGGGCCGGCUGAGGGACAUUGUCAAAGAGCUGCCAGAUCUGCCUAUAAUCCUGAAUGGCGAUGUAUUUGAGUACAAGGACGUGCAGCGCGCCCGCGACCGCAUCGGCGUCACCAGCGUCAUGACCGCCCGCGGAGCUGCAGCCAACCCAUCGAUAUUCCGGGCCGAGGGCAAGCUGUCAGCAAUGCACACAGCGGUCGAGCUGACCAAGAUAUGCGUACGCACGAGCAAUAUCUUUUUGAACACAAAGUUUAUCCUGCUGCAAAUGCACCCGGAGACAAAGUCCGACGAUUACAUCCGCCUGCGCUCGUCGCGGCGUUACAAAGAGAUGUGUGAGGCUAUGGGUCUGGCAGAGUUUUACGAGUCUGAGGGCGCUCAGCUCAUCAAUGACCGCGCCGAGCCGGCGGGUACUGGCAAAGGUGCGAGCAAGACAUCGGCCGCCAAGCGUGCCAAAAAGCGGGAGCUAGAGGACGGGGAUAGCAAGGCUGCGCAUGCGUCCAAAGCUCCCAUUGAUGAGGGAUCAGUGAUUUUGGAACCUGCCGAUGCUGUAGAGGACUCGGGUCCAACCGAUGCUGUUGAAGAGCGGCCAGCCAAGCGUAUCAAGGCCUAAUUUUUUCCGUUGCGAAAUGCCCACGUCAC